AUGGAGAAUUAUAAAUUUUGUAACCGUUCAGUUUCUACAGAAUUUUCCGAUAUUCAAUCAUUUCGUUUCGAAUGGAACCCAGUGUUGCCAGAAGCUUUAAAAACUCAUGUAUGUGACAUCGAUUAUUUAGACGAUGAAUUUACGUUAAAUGUAGCCGUACUUUUUUCAGGAGGUCAAGCGCCUGGAGGUCAUAAUGUAAUAUUAGGAAUUUAUGAUUUUCUAAUGCAGCACAAUAACGAAAACAAAUUAUAUGGUAUAUUAGGUGGUUCUAAAGGUUUGUUUACUAAAAGUUACAUCGAACUAAACUUGGAAAUUAUUUCUAAGUAUAAAAAUGGUGGUGGUUUUCAUAUGAUCGGAUCUGGUCGUGAUAAAAUCGAAACCAGUGACCAACUUCAAAAAUGCUUAGAGCUUGCAACAGAGCUUGAUUUAGAUGGCAUUGUUAUCAUUGGUGGAGAUGAUUCUAAUACGAACAGUGCUAUUUUGGCUGAAUUUUUUGCUAGUAAAAAACAUAAAUGUGUCGUUACUGGAGUGCCAAAAACUAUUGAUGGAGAUCUAAAAAAUCAGUACAUAGAAUGCUCAUACGGAUUUGACACAGCUUGUAAAGUUUAUAGUGAACUUAUUGGCAAUAUUUCGUCUUCGAUCCUUACUACUAAAGACAAAUAUUGUUUUGUUAGAUUAAUGGGACGAUCAGCAUCAAAUAUAUUACUAGAAUGUGCUCUUAGAACAAAUCCUAAUUUAGCUUUUUGCAGUGAAGAAAUUAAAGCAGAAAAUCGAAGUUUAGAAAAUAUUGUUGAUGAAAUCGUAGAUUUAAUGGUGGAACGUCAUAGGAUCCAAAAAGAUUAUGGUUUAAUUUUAAUAGCAGAAGGUUUAGUUGAAUUUAUCCCUGAGAUUAGUGUUUUAAUUUCAGAAUUGAAUGAACUUCUAAAUAACGAUAAUUCAAAUUUUGAUAAAAACCAAUUAACUCCAGAAUCCUUGAAAAUUUUCGACUUUCUUCCAGAACAGAUAAGAAUAGGUUUUUUAGCUGAUAGAGAUGGACAUGGAAACGUCCAAGUUUCAAAAAUCGAAACAGAAAUUCUUUUAAUGUUAUUAGUGGAAAAAAAACUAAAAAAGCAACAUAAAGACUUCGAUCUUAAAUUUUCAACACAAUUUUUGGGUUAUGAAGGUCGAUGCUCAAUGCCUUCUAAUUUUGAUUCGAAUUAUUGUUAUUCGUUAGGUUACGUUGCUGGAAACAUUGUUUUUAACAGAUUAAACGGAUAUAUAACUACACUUAGUGACUUGCAUGAACCAGCAGAAAAAUGGAACCCAAAGGCCUAUCCAUUAAUCAAAAUGAUUAAUCUUGAAAAACGAAAAGGAAAAAACGUUCCAGUUAUAAAGAAAUAUUUAGUAGAAUUAGACGGACCUUGCUUUAAAGCUUUUGCCCAAUUAAGGAAAAAAUGGAGAUUAUUCGAUUCGUACGAAUCACCAGGUGGAAUUCAAUUUGAAGGCCCAAACGUCAAUGACUGUCUUUACUUGGUCAAUACCAAAUUACUUGAAGAUAUAAUUAAGAGAAAUGAAGAGAAGAUUGAUGGUUUUAUUACAUCAUCUUUAUUAAACCAACGAAGAAAAACUCAGAUUCAGAUUCAUCCAAAGCUCUAUUCUCCAGAUUGCGGUACAAAAUUAUUACAGCAAUGCUCUGCUCCCAGUGAUAGUUGUACUUGCAGCACUCGAUAUUUAACGUUUGAUAUUAUGGCAGGUCAAAAAUCUAAGUUAAGGAAUCAAUGUUUUGCGGUUAUACAUUUAGAUAUUCCGGCGUCUGGUUCAACCAAUGUCUUAAUUGGAAUAUACAGACGCGCGCAGCAAAUUGGCAAUUCUGUAAAGGUAUUUAAAACUAUUGAUGACAUAUUCGAAAAUAAUUACACAACUAUUGAUUCGACUUUUGCUGUUAACUAUAACAAUACAGGCACAUACCCUAUCUCAUAUACUCAAUAUGAUAUGUCAAAAUAUUCUUCAAAUGAAACACUUGAAAAAAUUAUAAAGUCAUGUGAAACUAACGAUUGUUCUGCUUUAAUUAUUUUAGGAGGAUUAAAUGCAAUGGCUAUGGCAUUGUUAUUAAAUAACUGCAAAAAUAAUAUCAACUCUAAGUUAUUAAUAAAUGCAGCUCCCGUUAGCUAUUCAAAUGAUAUACACAACGACUUUGUUGAGUUAGCUGUUGGUUACAAUUCUUAUACUAAAACACUGGCUCAGGUUGUAAGUAGUUUAUGUAUCGAUUGUAUUUCUGCUAAAAAAUAUUGGUUUUUAGUAAGUGUAGAAUCUGGAUUAGUUUCCGAUAUUAUGGUGGAAGUAGCUCUUCAGUGUCAUCCAAACAUUACUAUUUUGCCAGAAAGUUAUUUACAAAGACCAAAUUCUUUUGAACAAAUAAUCACAGAUAUAACAGAUAUUAUAAUAGAACGAAGCAUAUCGGGCCAGAAUUACGGUGUAAUUUUAACGACGGGAAUUUUAUGUGAAGAUGGACAAUCUGGUUACAUUACGUCUUGUCAUAAUAUGUCAACAUCGAUAACCGAAUGGAAGCAUUUAGCUUUGAGCUUGCGAUGUUGCAACAAUAUUGUGGAACAUUCAAUGAAAUUAAAAUCUUGUUACAAUAAAGUAGUCAAUGUUAUCCGUUUAUCAGACAGACCGUCCUUAGCUUUUCUUCGCAGCAUGGAUCAACGUUUUUCAUUAUCAAAUUAUUAUACACUCUGUGGUAGCAUUCAAUUUUGUGGUAAAAUGGGAUACACAUGUCCAUAUACUUAUUGGUUUGAUUACAACGACAAAUAUGAACUUUAUUCGCAGUUAAGAGAGAUAUUAAAAAAUAUUCAGUACCUAACUUUACUUAAAUAUAAGAACGAUAAUUCAAGAUUCCAUAAAUUAGUUGCUGAAGAAUCUGAAAUCUUACAAAAACUUAAAGAUAACAAUUUAUAA